GGUAGGUGAUCGCUUUCCCCUCGGCUCGGGGCUUUGAAAGCAGCAGCAGAUUGCCUGUCCCACACAGUCUUUUGUCUCAUCCUGGGACAGAGCCAGUGGACUAAAGACACUUUCUCCAUGCGUCCAACAAGAAGACUUUAGUUACAUCCUCCUCUUCUACACUGUCCACAGUGCAGCAUGAAGGGCAUGGGAUCUAGAGAUGUCGGCAGAUUCAUUUGGAGCGGGGAGCAGCGAUGCCCAACAGAGCCUUCAGUCCUUUUGGCCCAGAGUCAUGGAAGAGAUCAGGAAUCUUACAGUGAAGGAUUUCCGUGUGCAAGAGCUUCCUCUUGCUCGCAUCAAGAAAAUUAUGAAACUGGAUGAGGAUGUGAAGAUGAUCAGCGCUGAAGCACCAGUGCUGUUUGCCAAAGCGGCACAAAUCUUCAUCACAGAGCUCACUCUCAGAGCUUGGAUCCACACUGAGGAUAACAAACGGCGUACGCUACAGAGGAAUGAUAUUGCCAUGGCUAUCACUAAGUUUGACCAGUUUGACUUCCUCAUUGAUAUCGUCCCACGAGAUGACCUCAAACCACCGAAACGACAGGAGGAAGUGCGUCAGUCUGUCGCCCCGACUGAGCCAGUCCAGUACUACUUUACUCUGGCACAGCAGCCCGGCACAGUGCAGGUCCAAGGACAGCAGCAAGGCCAGCAGGUGGCUACUCCCACCACCACCACACUACAACCAGGGCAGAUUAUCAUCACUCAGCCCCAGCAGGGCCAGGUAUUGCAGGGAACCACCAUGCAGCAGCUUCAGCAGGUGCAGGUCGCUCAAUCACAGGUGACCCCUAUGACGAGUGCUCCAGUGACAAUGCAGGUGGGCGAAGGCCAGCAGGUGCAGAUUGUGCAGGCCGCUGCACAGGGACAGGCACAGGCAGCACAGCCAGCUGGACAGACUAUGCAGGUUAUGCAGCAGAUCAUCACCAACACAGGAGAGAUCCAGCAGAUUCCAGUGCAGCUCAACACUGGUCAGCUGCAGUACAUUCGCUUGGCUCAGCCAGUCACGGGUACACAGGUUGUUCAAGGACAAAUACAGACACUUGCAGCAAAUACUCAGCAGAUUUCACAGACGGAAGUACAACAGGGUCAACAACAGUUCAACCAGUUUACUGAUGGGCAGCAGUUGUAUCAGAUCCAGCAGGUGACGAUGCCAGCAGGGCAGGAGCUGGCCCAGCCCAUGUUCAUUCAGUCCACUAACCAGACAGCCGAUGGGCAGGUCACCACGCAGGUCAGUGCGGACUGAGGCUGCCUGCUCUUUUCCCUGCUGACCCACGAAGCUCCCAACACCAUCAACCACCACCCACAUUGAAGGAGAGGAGCUGUGAUACCAUCUUCCACGCAGUCAACCGCACUGAACAUUCGCAUUCGACCACGACACACCUACACUCACUUCUGACUUCAGUCCUUCAGCUUUUUUUCAUCUCACACCAUAUUUCAAUCAAGUUAUCUGAGUGGUUUAAUUCAUCAAUCAGCAUACAAUUUUAGAUUUAAGCUUCAUAAUUUAGAGACCGUCCAUAAUACACAUACUGCUGUUAGCUUUGUUAUUACCCUUUUGGUCUGUUUACAACAGUACUGUUUAAUGGAAGGAUCAGUGUGUUGUGGCAGAAAUCAAUUUUGCUUUCUACCAUAUUAAUUUUCAUUGUAUAUUUAUGUCUAUUGCAAUAUGGCGAAAGAGUAUUUGAUCCCACUGUCUUCCACACAGUACACAUAUAAUAUGUUCUUGUUAGUUAAAUGUGGAAAUGGGUAGAGAUUAUGCUUUAAUUUUUAUCUCCAUUCUGAAACCUGAUGUUAAGCCUAUAGAGCAGUCGGGCACUUCUCAGCUGUGGGGCAUGUACAGUGGUCUUUUUUUUGUUUUGUUUUUUGUAUGUUUUUUUAAGCCCUCGUCCAUUUUGAUAGAUCAUGACAUCUCAUGAUGUGUAGACUUUAAACUUGAUGAUAAAAAAGCCAUAA